AUGUCUGGGCAACACGUUCAUUGCCAGAAAGGUCCUUUUCGAGCUUGCAUCGCGACUCGGAGGAAUCUGUCGUCCACGGUCAAUGCGUCAGCAAACCUUGUUACUCCGGUCGAAAAGAUAAUCUCAGAUACUGUCAAGGCAAAUGGCCCUAUAUCCUUCGCCCAAUAUAUCCAGCUCUGCCUCUCUCAUCCUACUGAAGGAUACUAUAUGAAUCCUUUGAAUGCCGUAUUUGGGUCUAAAGGCGACUUCGUAACUAGUCCCGAGAUCAGCCAGGUAUUCGGCGAGCUUGUUGGUAUAUGGUUCCUAUCGCAAUACAUCGAAACUGCGGCUGGGAAAGAUAUAAGAUUGGUCGAGCUUGGCCCAGGACGGGGAACCCUAAUGGACGACAUUCUACGCACACUCGCUCAAUUUCCCGCGUCCCGUUCAGUGCGGAAGCAUGUUCAUUUAGUGGAGACUAGUUCUUCUCUUCGCAAGAUUCAAGAGCAAAAGCUCGUUCGCUGGGACGAAGCACACAAUAUACAUCUCUCUUGGCAUGACUCUAUCGAUGACAUUCCAGCGACGAGUGGCUCAGACUCGUACACCAUUCUCGUGGCGCACGAGUUUUUCGACGCAUUGCCAAUGCAUCUCAUAGAGAAAACUCAGAAGGGAUGGCAAGAAGUACUCAUUACCUCUGCACAUGACUCUUCUUCCAAAACCAUUCUACGGCCACUCUCACCCACACUUUCUGCGGCUCCCUCACCUGUAUCUACGCUGCUUGGUUCGUCAUCCACGCGAUUUUCAUCUCUUCCUAUCGGCUCGCGGAUAGAAGUGUCUCCUGCCGGUUUUCAGAUUUCGAGAAAGGUCGGAGAACUCAUCGGAGGAAAAAGCAACAUAGGAAGUCGGGGAAGCGCCUUGAUCAUCGAUUACGGCGCGGACAAAGCUUUUGGAAAUUCGUUCCGAGCCUUCAAAGACCACAAAAUUGUCGACCCCUUCCAUCUACCAGGUAAAUGUGACCUCACGGCCAACGUUGAUUUUGCAUAUCUCAAGGAAGCGAUGUCCGGGGUCGCGACUGUACACGGUCCCUUGACCCAGAACGCCUUUCUCACACGCAUGGGUCUCGACGCGCGCGUCGCGGCUUUGCAGCGCAGCGCCCAGACUGAUGAACGAAGGCAAGAAAUCGGCAGCGCGGCGAAGCGGCUGGUCGAUUUGACUGGAAUGGGCAAGGAGUACAUGGUCCUCGGAGUUACGAGCACGGAAGGGCAAGUCUGGCCUUUUGUCAACGAUGAGAGCAUGCCAGCUAUCGAGGAGAAGAAGCCGUAA